GACAUAUUUUGAGUUAGCCCACAACCGCUCAAAGCCGGAGUUCUGAAAGGAUUUAUCCGGGCACGGAUCAUGGAAACGUCGGCGUUUUCGCGGAAUGGGGCUUCUUCUAACCCUGGCCGCCAACUAACGCCUUCCCUUCCGUCCGUCCGUCCGUCCGUCGAACGAGGCAGCAACCAGCGGAAUAGAGAAUAGCCAACAACUAAGGCUCCCCAAUCCACCUCCGUCCGCCAAUCCGCCGGCGUUCUCUCCCCGGCCGCAUCAUCGGCGCCUCUCCCGCUCCUCUCCCCGCGCAUCGUCUUCCGCAGCUCGCCGGCCGUCUUCUGCAUCUCGUCGCCGGUUAGCCCUGCCGGAGAAGCUUUAUCGUCGACUUAAAUCAGGCAGGCUUGAACCCAGCACAGCAGGCCAGGAAAUCGAGCUACUGUCUGGGGAAAGUCUCAUCGUCGGCUUUACUUUGAUUUCGUGCCGUUUGAGUCUGAAAUUUGGGCGACUCCCCCACUGCCUCCCCUCCUUAAUUCAGAACGACGGUUAAUCAGCAAGCGGCGGUCUCUCAUGCCCUGUUUGUGGAUGUAUCAUUAUUAGUUCAACCAAAGAAGAAGAAGAAGAAGAAAAGCAGCAGUGUAUAUGUUUAUCACUUCUCUCCCAGCCCUUUCUCCACGAAAGAGGCAGGGCUCUCUACUGUUUCUCCUUAAAGUCCUUGCUCGCCACAGCAGCAGCAGCUUUCUCUCCGGAAACCCCACUCGCUCAAUCCACGCAUCAAACGAUGGUAUACCCAACAGAUUCAGACCAGGACAUAGACCUUCAUUUGGUGCUAGUGACAUUCAUACUAGGGAAGGCCGACUCACAUAUUUGAGUACGAUCGGUCGCAGCUUUUGCUCCUCCCUCUCUCAGGACGAAUAUUUGAAGUCUGGUUCUGGUUCAAUACCUGAUGUGGCUGCACGGGUUUUGGAUCCCUCCUGCUUGGAUGCUGUCGCUCCCAUUAAAGUUAAGGUUUUUCAUAAAAGACCAAUCGACUUCACCAAACUGGACAUCAACUUCCUUCCAGCCGUCAUUCUUGUUGGACGCCCCAAUGUAGGCAAAUCAGCCCUAUUCAAUCGGUUGAUCCGGAGGAGGGAGGCUCUUGUCUACAAUACACCCGAUGACCAUGUUACUCGUGACAUUCGAGAAGGGAUUGCCAAAUUGGGGGAUUUGCGGUUUAAAGUACUGGAUUCAGCUGGCUUGGAAACUGAAGCUACUUCGGGGUCUAUUCUUCAAAGAACAGCCACCAUGACUGCCAAUGUGCUAGCAAGAACUCAGUUUGCAGUGUUCCUGAUUGAUGCCAGAGCUGGCCUGCAUCCGCUGGAUUUGGAGGUUGGGAAGUGGCUGAGGAAAAAUGCGCCAGAAAUAAAACCUGUGGUAGUGUUGAAUAAAGCUGAAUUGCUAUUUGAUGGGACUGAGUCCUUCAGCGAAGCUGCUGAUGAGGCUCGUAUUCUUGGAUUUGGAGAUCCUAUUGCCAUUUCUGCUGAAACGGGGUUUGGCAUGACAGCACUGCAUGAAGCUCUCAGACCUUCUAUUGAGGAUUAUGUAUUGCAAGUCUUGAACAGUAAGGGUGAUUGUGAGGAUAAAGGCCCACAGCAAUGCGGUGAAAGUAGUCUGGAAGAGGUUGAUGAUUCUAAAUUGCCACUCCAGUUAGCAAUCGUUGGGCGUCCCAAUGUUGGAAAGUCAACCUUGCUGAAUGCCUUGUUACAAGAAGAAAGGGUGCUAGUGGGUCCUGAAGCUGGUUUGACUAGAGACUCUGUUAGAGCUCAGUUCGAAUUUCAAGGGAGGACUAUAUAUUUGGUUGACACGGCAGGUUGGUUGCACAGAACUAAGGAUGAGAAAAGACCAUCGUCAUUGAGCAUAAUGCAAUCCAAAAAGAAUUUGAUGAGAGCUCAUGUGAUAGCUUUGGUACUUGAUGCAGAACAGAUUGUACAAGCUGGACGUAGUAUGACACAUGCUGAAGUAGUUAUAGCUAGGCGAGCAGUAGAAGAAGGGCGUGGAUUGGUUGUUGUAGUGAACAAGAUGGACCUUCUUAAAGGAAAGCGGGCUGGUUCGCUAUAUGAGAAGGUCAUGGAAAGUGUUCCUAUGGAAAUUCAAACAGUUAUACCGCAGGUUACAGGAAUCCCAGUUAUAUUCACUUCGGCGAUAGAAGGUAAAGGCAGGAUACCUGUUAUGCGUCAGGUGAUUGAGACAUACGAGAAAUGGUGCUCAAGGUUAUCGACCGCUCGGUUGAACCGUUGGUUGCGUAAGGUUAUGAGCAGGCAUUCAUGGAGAGGUGAGGGGUCGCAACCGAAGAUAAAGUACGUAACCCAGGUGAAGGCUCGUCCACCCACGUUUGUUGCCUUCACAAGCGGGAAGAAGCAUCAGCUUUCAGAGGCAGAGAUUCGGUUUUUAACGAGGUCAUUGAAGGAAGACUUCGGUCUAGAUGGAAUCCCUAUCCGGAUUAUGGAGAGAUGUGUUCCCAAGAGCAAUGGCGGUGGGCAGAGCAGUGGUAGCAGUGGCAAGAACGCCUCGUCUACGAGAAGGGUGAGGAUGUUGGGAACAGAUAAUAAAGCAGUGGAGGCAUAGGAAAUCUGAAGGAUGACUGAGUUGGCAUUUACUUCCCUAUGUAACGGAGUAUGGAAAUUAGUGCUGUUCUAGACCAUAUGUAGAUCGAGGUCGGAACAUGCCUCGUACAGUUCCAAUAUGUUGGGUUUAAGGCUUUUAGACAAGAAUGUAAUGGUCAGGUACUGUAAAGAAGCAUUGCAUUGAGAAUUGAGGUUUUGAUGGAAACUUGAAUGUUCCUGUUUUCGGGUUAGGAAGACAAGCAGGGGAUUGGAGUUCAAAGUUGGUGGUAGGAUUUACCCUCCACCCUCAAAGUUUCCAAAACCUUUUUCCACAGAAGUUGAUACAGGACUAGAUUAGUACACACUAUUCUUCAUUCGAGCUCUAUGCUAUGCAUCAACUGUACUCGCCUCCUUAAGACCAUAAACUGCUAUCCUUUUUAACGUGUUAACAGUCGUUAAAAUUCAGUGUUCACAGGAAACCCCACAAAAUAAAACCAACCAAAGUACUGAUGGAUCCAAUGUAGCAAAAAGGACAACCCUUCCCCCCCUAUGUUAAAAUCUCUACUACUUUCAAGAUACUGAUUUCCUUCUGUUCCUUGAAGGUGUAGAUUUUGCUUCUUCAGUGCCAUUAGUUGUAGAUCCAAGAGAUCCUGACGAGUCUGAUCCACUGUUCUCCCCUUUCUCUCCUUUGCUUGACCACAGCUUUGCAAACACUUUCUUCGAUUUCAGCAACCCUUUCAUUCUGUAGCUACCACCCCCUCGAUCCAUAUUGUUACUGCUGCUGCUCCCAAUCCGUCGCAGUCUCAAUGCAGCCACCUCAGCUUUCAGGGCCUUUAGCUCUUCCGCGGUUGCCAAUGCAUCCCAAUCCUCAUCCGGGUUUGUCACAGCUGAUCUCGAGCUCCUUUGAGACCCGUUGUUUAGGUCCCUGAUGCUCUUCGGCAGGUCAGGGGUGCUACACCCUGAUGUCGCAGAUACUCUCACCUGCUCGAAGAAUAGUACUUGCACUACAACCCUCAAUGGAAGCCUCUCGUUCUGCACUGCGUGCAUGCAUGCAUCAACAGAUAGCUUCUUGCAGUCCAUCAACUUGCAUAUCUUCUUCCUCUCGCUCUUGCUGAUACCUGGAUGCUCCUUAAGAUAGGUGUCGAUGGCACGGUAUAGAGCAUCAUGUACAGGCCUAGACACACCAGAUACCAUCUCUGCAAUCUCCACAAACUUCAACACUGGUAAGUUGGGAUCCUUUCCAAUCUCAGCAAGAUACCCGUCAAUCAAUUUGGCUACCAUGAGCUUGGAAGCAUCUGACAAAAUCCCAGCAGCUGCUCCUUGUUGGAUCUCUUCAACUUCAGCAAUCUGAUCUUGCGUUACAAACUCUCGUAACAUCUUCUGAACCACGUCGACAUCAUAAGUCGUCAUGCUGUCAUCAUCUCUUUCGCCACCACCAUUAGCUCGUCGUAUGAGGAGGUCAUUCACAGAAGCCGACUCCAGCUGCUGUCCUAUUCUUCUCACCAGCUGUUCCCGAGUCUGAUCACCUGAGCCAACAUAACUGGCUGCUUUCAACAGCUUCAGAAGAAAGCUACCCGAGACGCUGCCUCUCUCUGCAGGCAAAAGCCACACGAUGGCGUCAACCAUCGACCGAUACUUCACCAUUUCUUCACUCUGGACAACACCACCCUUACUGCUGCUGCUGCUGCUGCCGAGUACACCUGGCAGCCUUCUGUAAGCGUAAGCUUUCAAAGCUUCACCAAUCACCUCGUGAUGAAGGAUCCCUUUGCUUGUUAUGGUGGUGAUCACACGCUUGUAAAGCUCAAUCCCAAGCUCGCACAGAUCCUCGACCCACCAAUCCCUCGGCACUGAACGGUUUCUCAUGAUAAUCUCAUUUGUCAUUGUUCCUACUCCAGUGUCUCCAUUUUCUUCAGGGAGUUUCUUCCUGUUGUAACUGUACGACCAAUCGACUCUCGACGGAUCCACGCAGGCUCGAGUGGCUAUAGCUUCUAUGCAGUGGCUAACAACUUUGAGGUCUUCGGACAGCGGCAGUAGCGAGGUGGUGGUUCGAAGGACGAUGAUGGAAUCCUUCCAGCUGCGGAAGAUACUGGAGCUAAGGAACACAUCGAUUUUGUAGAUCAAGUUUCCUUUCUCGACGGAUUCGUGCAUUCCAAGGAAGUCAGCAGCGCAGCGUGCAGCUACGACGUUGUAGGCGUUGAGGGUUACAGUCAUUCCAUAACAGAAUUUGGCGCAGACCUCGAAUGCUGCUGGCCCGCCGGGGAUAUCAGAGAUGUCGACUUCAUCGCUGCUUUCUCCUCCAUUACUUGUGACAGCGUACUUCUGCAAGCGAGCGCUUUUGGACAUAAGGGGAAACUUGUGCAGAUAGAAUUUGACAUCUCCUACAAUAACAGUGACAUCAGUUGCCAACUCAGUAGCCACAUACCUGAUAUUGUCGCCAUCUGUCUGAAAGGAAUCAGGUUUCGAACCAAGUUUCAUAAACUUCAUCUUUGCCAAAGAGAGAAAGCCACAAACUUUACUGUACUUCCACGCAAACAAACCUUCCCCCUUUUUCACUAUUCAACCAAGAAACAACUCCAGCACCAAAAACCACACACCUUCCCAGUGAAAUAUAUAUACAUAACCCCUCAAGUCUCGAGGAGAAAAGUUGCCUGUAUUUGGGAAAUGGGAGCAAUAACCCAGGGAGUGGGGACCAGAUUGCUGAAUCAGAAACAAGAAGAAGAAAGAAGAAGAAGAAGAAGAAGGUUUUGCUGGGUGUUCUCUAAAUCCUCAAUGAGAGAGAGGGAGAUUGAAUAAUAAAGAUGUGGUAAUUAAGAAGGGGAUCCUCUUUUCUGCAGUAGGAAAUGGAGCAUUACCACCAAAUCUUGACAGCAAAUCGAGGCAAGGCGAAACAAGUCUGACUAUGAAAGAGAGGGAAGGACUGAAGUUUUUUGUGUGAAAGGGGAUAACUUGGACUGAGAGAUACUAGAGGAAGAUUUCAGAUCAAACUGUUUGUUUUUAAAGAGAAAAUAUGAAGGAUCUCUUACAGAGGAAGGAAGAUGAGAGAGAUUAUAUGGAGGAAUGGGUGUUACCUAAAUCGACGGCAAAGCCCACGGAGCCCGGAGGCAGUGAAUCAGAAGAAGGGGACAUGGCCAACAAGGCUCUCUUAACUAAACUAUUCAGCUAAUUCAUUCAAGCAUCAAUCUGACUCCCUUUUCUCUCUCUCACACACACUCUAGCACUCACUGCUGCUAAUUUUUCUAUCUUUCUUCCCCUCUGCAAUCUCUGCUGCCUUUGUUUUUCUUCUUUACUCCACUUUAUUAUUCAAAGAUCCAUCUCUCUCUCUCUCAACU